AUGUCGUUGAAACUCCCACAAGCACCCAAUUCUGGGUUGUUUAAGAAUGGUUAUUCUUCAUACUCGAAUGCCGAUGGCGCAAUCAUCAGAAACGUCGAAGCCGUUCGUGAAAUUGCAUCAAUUUUGCUUACCUCGAUGGGGCCAAGUGGUAGAAAUAAAAUCAUUGUCAAUAAGCUUGGAAAAAAGUUCAUUACCAACGACGCGGCAACCAUGCUUAAUGAGUUAGAAGUUGUUCAUCCUGUAGUCAAAAUCCUUAUUUUGGCCUCCAAACAACAGGAGUUUGAGAUGGGUGACAAUACUAACCUUGUCAUAAUCUUGGCUGGAGAAUUUUUGAAUGUUGCUGAAAAAUUACUCAUUUUAGGAUUAAAUGUAUCAGAUAUUAUCCAGGGAUUUAGUUUGGCAAACAAGUUUUUGAAGGAAACUUUGGAAAAACUUGUUGUUGACAAAGUUGAGUCGUAUGAAAACGAUUUGCUCAAGGCUAUUAAACCAGUUAUUGCAGCAAAACAAUAUGGCGUUGAAGAUAUAAUUUCUAAACUUGUUGUUGAUGCGGUAAAAACUAUUAUCAAUCCAAAGAACCCAUUGAGUUUCAAUGUGGAUAACAUCAGAGUUGUCAAGAUUAUGGGUUCGGCAUUGUCACAAUCGCAGGUUGUUAAAGGUAUGGUGUUCCCAAGAGAACCUGAAGGAUCAGUAAAGAAUAUCAAAAACUCCAAAGUAGUUGUAUUUACAUGUCCAAUCGAUAUUUCGACAACGGAGACCAAGGGAACUGUAUUGCUUCAUAAUGCACAAGAGAUGCUUGACUUUAGCAAAGGUGAGGAAGAGCAAUUGGAGCAGAUGUGUAAAGAGAUCAAUGAUUCAGGUGUAAAAGUUGUUGUUGCUGGUGCAAAUGUUGGUGAAUUGGCAUUACACUACUUGAACAAAUUCGGUAUACUUGUAUUGAGAGUACCUUCCAAAUUUGAUUUGAGGAGGAUAUGCCAAGUAUGUGGAGCUACACCCUUGCCAAGACUAGGUGCACCAAUGGCUGAUGAGAUGGGAUACAUUGAUAUAAUUGAGACAAAAGAGAUUGGUGGCGAUAGAGUAACGAUUUUUAGACAAGAUGAAUCGACAUCGAGGACAGCAACUAUAGUGAUUAGAGGUGCAACACAGAACAACUUGGAUGAUAUUGAGAGAGCAAUCGAUGAUGGUGUGAGUGCAAUCAAGGGUUUGGUUAAAGAUAACAGAUUGUUACCUGGUGCAGGAGCAGUAGAAAUCGAGUUGAUGAAACGUAUAACACAGUAUGGCGAGACCACCCCUGGAUUGUUACAGCUAGCAAUCAAGAAUUUUGCCAAGGCAUUUGAAGUUAUACCUAGAGUGCUAGCAGAAACCUCUGGGUUCGAUACAUCCGAAGUGUUGAGUAAAUUGCACGCUGCUCAUUCAGAGGAUGAUGGAUUGAAAUAUGGAUUGGACAUUGAUUCGGGUGAUGUUUCUGAGACUGGAGUAUACGACAUCCUUGCUACAAAGCAAUCCGCUAUUGACUUGGCCGUAGAGGCAACUAAUACCAUUCUUUCAAUUGACCAGAUCAUUAUGGCAAAGAGAGCAGGUGGUCCCGUAAUGCCUCAGCAACCAAGACCUGGUAACUGGGACCAAGAUGAUUAA